AUGACGGAUUUUUAUUCGGAUGAGACAUCUCACCAGCAAGAAUUUCAUGAAAUAAUUAGUGAAUUAUUUAAAGAGGGUGUAGAAAUUGAAAUCGGAACUGGUAAAUGUGACCUAACUAUUCAGGCAGCCGCUUCCUAUGCGAAGUUUUAUGCCCAGAAUACGAACAAGAAACUGCUCGAAUGGUCUGUUUAUGUUGAGAAACCACCUAACAAGCCUUGA